AACCUCGAAUGGAUUUGUUUCUUCAAGCAAAUAAGCAAACUAUUUAUUGACUCAAGCAUGUUUCUGACGAAAAUACCGAUCCUUUCUAGGGAGUGAAGCUAUUUGAAGAAUUUCUACUCGUAACUAUUUGAUAAAUAUUUUUGGAAUACGCUUAACAUUCUUCUGUUAAGAGUGUCAACCUAUUUUCCAAAAGAGUGCGUGAUCUUUUUUCAAAUUCCUUGAAGCUAUACAGACAGCCUGCUACAAUUUCGUAUUAAAGCCGUCGUCUCAUCCAUAAAUCUAGCAACAAAAAAACAUCUUGUCUUGUCUCGGGUGUAACUAAAAACUUCACUUCGUACCAUGACGGACAUGAUGCCCAAGAUCAUUCUCGCAAUGCGUGUAAAUAUUUCAACUAUUUUGUCUACUUUGUCGGAGGAUUUAGUACCGUUGAGUGCAUCUGUACUAUCGCCACCCAUCACCAGUGGAAUGCAAGUGCAUAAAUUGAUGUCAAUCGACUGUGAACGUGUUCCUUCGGUAAACGAUUCUCGCUAGUGGAGAACUGAUGCCUAAGCCGGUUUUGAGCGACAUAAAGAGAUGGGAAAUCAGGCUAUGACCGGGUGGAGCAAGUUCACACAUCCACACCAUCAACACACACUUUGGUUUGGCUUUGGUAAUGCUGUUCCAAAUUCUAUCCAAAAACUUUGUCUUCAACAUAAAUAAAAAGGAACCAUUCUUAAUAGAAGCAAUGUAAGAUAACAUCAGAUGCAGGAGUUCAUAGAUCUGUUGGCAACCGAUUAAAUAACACAACCAUCACACGGCACGGAUUAGACGUGAGCAUAUUUUUAGCCAAAAUAAACACGUUUGUCAUGCGGAACUUAAGUAUCUUUAAACGAGAUUUGGAUCGAGCCAACCAUUUGGAAAUGGAACUUGGUUUAUAUUUCCUGACAAGCAAAUUAUGGCCGAUGGAUGUGGAGAACCUCAGAAGACAAACCUAAUCCAAUUAAAGUAGGUAGUAUAUAUUUUGGUUAAUAAAUUCUGCCUGCAAAAUAAGGCUUUUUGCCAAACAAUCUAAUGCUAAAUGUUAUUCUUUUACAUUUCACGAAUCACUUUUUUGUUUCUGAGGGUACUUGUUUAGUACAAGCACAACAAAGUUCAGAAAGAACGUCGUCGAGAAUGGCAGUGAAAUUUAACUAUCUGCUUGCAGACGGCUUUAAACAGUUCGGUACAAUACUACAAGAACCAUGCAAUGGUGAGUCAUUAAUUUCCAGACGGUAAAUACCCGCGAGCACUAGGAGUACGCUCGGGAGUUCCCCGUUGUGCAAAGCAAAACGUGAACACAUUUGCUUUCGUCCUGCAUAAAUACAGAAUGUUAAUAAAAAAUACCUUAUGAGAGUGUUCUCUGGAGCGCUACAAAAGCUUGAGAUACUUCAUGCAGUUGUGCUAGUCGCUCGGAAGCAACGGGCCAGGUAACAACAGCAUCCGAUCGUAAUUCAGAGCAUGAUGUCACGCUAUAUACGACUCGUUAAUACCUUCUCGUUAGUACUAGCAAUAGUUUGUGGUCAAGAGUUGUUUACGGAUACUAUCCCAGAAGAUUACUACCUGCGCAAAGAUCUCAGUGACUGUAGUGAACGGUUUCAAGUGCAAAAAUAUUACGAUGUUCAGUGCUUAAUUUUUGGUGGUGUACAAGUAAAUUUGACCGAGUUCCCGCAUAUGGCUGUGCUUGGAUGGAAGGAGGAGGAAGUGGCAGGGAAUACCAAUGGGGGAAGUGUACGGUGGCAGUGUGGUGGGUCGCUUAUUACAGUAAAGUACGUACUGACGGCAGCUCACUGUGCGGCUGACGCAAACAACAUCCCACCUCAAUGGGUACGACUAGGGGACGUCAAUCUGGCAUCAUCGAUCGAUGAUGAAUAUGCCCAGCAGUACGAGAUAUUACGUAUCGUACGUCAUCCGCAACACCGGUUCUCGAAGAAAUAUUUCGAUCUGGCACUGGUAGAACUGGACAGUACAGUAAGACUAACUCCAGGCGUUUGUCCGGCAUGUUUGUGGACAAAUAGCCGCGUCUUACCGGCAGAAUACUUUCAAACAGCUGGCUUCGGAGCGACCAGCUUUGGUGGUGGACCAAUUCCCAAUCUUCUGAAAACGACUCUACGGGCAACGAAUUCCACAGAAUGUUCGAAAUCGUUCAAAAAUACUCAUGGUCUAUCACAAGGCAUAGCUGAUGAUCAGGUUUGUGCGUCAAUGGUCGCUACGGACACCUGUCAGGACGACUCUGGUGGACCGUUGCAGGUGACGCUUCGAAGUUUCCUGCACCAGCACCCGUUCGUUGUGGCACUAACCUCGUUCGGUAGGGGUUGUGGUAUAGGAUCGUCGGGAGUGUAUCAACAGAUAGCCGCCCACAUCUCAUGGAUUGAAUCGGUUGUAAAUGAAACCAUGGAUCCGGUUCGCUGUGCGGAGAAGUACAGUGAAUUCCGGAGAGCGUCCUCUUUGAUUCCAGAGUGUAGUCUACGCGGCCUACCUACGAGUAAUGUCCGGUUGGUGUGGCCUCAAGGUGCCCGACAGACAGAGAUACCCUGCAGUGGUACCAUGAUUGACUACAAUACUGUUGUAACAACUGCAAGCUGUACCAAGAAUGAAGAUGGUAUCGAACCAAUAGAAAUAGAAAUCAUGGCCCAAAGAGCUAAAAUAACUGAGAUUCAAAUACAUCCGGAUUUUAAAGAGUAUUCGCCUCACAAUGAUCUGGCAUUGCUGCGUUUGGAAAAAUAUCUUAGAGUUACGGAAGACACAGCUCCAAGCUGUAUUCCUUUGCAUCGCGGUUCUGAGGUGUGUAGCGAUGGACAAACGCAUGAUUCCGUCACUUGCUGGGAUAAAUUUGCCGAGCAAACUAAGCACCAACUACUUAACCGUGUAUGUAAUCAAAGGAAAUAUGGUUCCAGUAGCGUGAGGCUGAUUUGGGCCGUCAAUAAUACGCAUAUGCCGGACUGCGUGGGAAUGGUUAUAAAACCGGACACAGUCAUUACAUCGAUUCGCUGCAUGAGCCUUCACGGUGAACAGCCUCCGAUAGAAAUUGAGUUCAAUGAGCUUGAGGUGGUAAAACGAAUAAAAAUUGUGAAGAUCUUAAAACAUCCCGGAUAUAAAGAGGGUAGUCGCAACCGCGACACUGCUCUGUUAAUAGUAGCAGAGAAUCUAGAAAAUCUGGUACCAGAAUGCAUCAACUUUGCACGUUUGAAGGCAAAACGGUAUAGUGCAACAAUGGUACCAGUAUACGGCCAAUACGCGCCGCAAGUUACAGUUGGACGUCUCGAAGUUCGCGUGCGAAACAUGUGUAGCGGAUCGAUGAUUGACGCCUUUAAGGAGAAGUUUGGUGACGGAGCCGUUAACAGCUCUCAAUAUACCUGCUGGAAUACGGAGCAACAUAUCGUGCCGGGAAGCGUGCCUAUAGAACGAGGUGCAGGUAUGUUAGAUCAAAUACACCGUUUCAUUCAUGGUGUGGUCAUCGGCUCCUCAAGCUUCGGUACGGUGGAUCCUGUUGUGAGCAUUAAUCUAACUGCGUAUACAGACUGGAUAACGCGCUUUGUGCUUUAUAGACCGCCGAAAGUGGAGGUUGUUUUUCGUGGCGAUAGCGAUGAGUUCGAUUUCGGAAGUAAUUGUACGCUGAAGAACGGUACUGCAGGUAGCUGUGUACCGGAUUAUAGUUGCCAACGUGCAAUUAAGGAGUAUAAGAACACGAAUGACAUUGUCAUAUGCGGUUUCGAUGAUACGAUCAGCUAUAUCUGCUGUCCAGUAGGCUAUCAAGAUAUUCCAACAAUUCCUAUGUUAGAGAUACCGUCUUCAAUAAGUUUGUUACCAUCACUGCCUUAUGAGAAUGCACACGUCAGUUUGUAGUAGAACGGUUUUUUUUAAUGCAUGGAGAAGUGCAAGUGUAAGACUUCUACAAAAAAAAAAAAUACAAACAAACUAAAGAUCUACGACAAGUGGAAUUAAAACAAAAUAUUCUGCCGGUUAGUAAUUUUGGAAGUAAGAUAAAACAAAUAAAAGUCUAAGAACAGUUAUUCACUAAAAGGGUAUAAAAACCAUAAAUAUCUGUUAAAUCUCGAGGUAUUACCAAACGUCCGUGAUGUAGUAACAUACCUGUAAUGAAAAGGAGACAAAAACAAAA